AUGAGCGCGCACCCGAACGGCAGCCAGAGCCAGAACCCGAGCCAGCACCCUCAGGGCGGACCGACCGUCGGGGGACAGAUGGGAGGGCAGACCGGAGGCCACCCUCACCACAUCCACCCACCAACGUACCCGCCCAAGCUCAACACAACGAUGCUAACAGCGUCGACACCGGCCGUCGUGAAGCGCAACACGCUCGCCGUGGCGCCCGGGGAGCCAGCGGCGGAGCUGCUGCGGCAGACGCUACGGUCUGCGCCGAACUCACGUCCGGGGAGCAGGUCGAGCUCGCGGCGGAGAACGCCCACUACCCCCACUACGCCUAGGCUCGGCCAGCACACUAUCUACACGCCGAAUGGCAGCAUCGAUGGCUCCGACGGCGCGAUGAGCCCCCGCGCGGAACUGGGAGGCAUCGAUUUUCACCGCAUGAGACAUGGUUUCGAGGAUGAGUACAACUCGGAGGACUAUUUGGCGGUGCUGGAGCAGGUGUUCUACAUGUACUACACAGACAAGCGGCACGAGACGGGCGGCAAUCCCAAGGCGGAGACGCAGCACUUCCCGCUGCAGGAGUGGCGGAUGCGCGACCGGCUCAAGACGGUGUCUGCGGCGCUGGUGCUGUGCCUGAACAUCGGCGUCGAUCCGCCCGACAUCGUCAAGACGAAUCCGUGCGCGAAGCUCGAGUGCUGGGUCGAUACCACGGCUCACCCCGCGGCGAAGGCGCUCGAAAUGAUCGGAAAGAACCUCCAGCAGCAGUAUGAGACUUUGAGCAUCCGCACAAGAUACAAACAGUACCUGGACCCCUUCGUUGAAGAUACGAAGAAGUUUUGCUGCUCGCUCCGUCGUAAUGCGAAGGACGAGAGGAUCUUGUUUCACUACAAUGGCCACGGUGUGCCGAAGCCGACGUCAAGCGGUGAGAUCUGGGUCUUCAAUAAGAACUUUACCCAGUACAUCCCGAUUUCUCUGUACGACUUGCAGAGCUGGUUGGGAGCGCCCAGUCUCUUCGUGUACGACUGCAGCGAUGCCGGGAACAUUGUUACCAAUUUCAACAGGUUUAUCGAGAAGCACGAGCAGGAGGCGAUGGAACAGCGGGCUAGAGAUCCGUUGGCAUUGAAUACCUCGUCGUAUGCCGACUGCAUCCAGCUGGCAGCUUGCAGCAGCAAGGAGACACUACCGAUGAACCCGGAGCUUCCGGCGGAUCUGUUUACCUGUUGCUUGACGACACCGAUCGAAAUCGCAGUACGGUUUUUUGUUCUGCAAAAUCCACUGCCGUCAACGCUGCCAAUGGAAAUGGCAAUGAAGAUCCCCGGACGUCUCCAGGAGCGUAGAACACCCCUGGGAGAACUGAAUUGGAUUUUCACUGCCAUCACCGAUACCAUUGCGUGGAACACCCUCCCGCGUCCGCUGUUCAAGAAGCUGUUCAGGCAGGACCUUAUGGUCGCCGCUCUAUUCAGAAACUUUUUGCUCAGUCAGAGGAUCAUGCGUGUACAUCACUGUCACCCAAUAUCAUCUCCCGCACUGCCGGAAACUCACCAUCAUCCGCUGUGGCAGUCGUGGGACCUUGCGGUCGAGAUGGUGCUCGCACAGCUUCCGGCGCUCCACGCUGCGGAGAAGGGAGGCCAGAUGUACGAGUACCAGCACUCGACGUUCUUCACCGAGCAGCUUACGGCGUUCGAGGUGUACCUCUCACAAGGCGCUGUAGACCGCCACCCACCGGACCAACUCCCCAUCGUCCUGCAGGUGCUGCUAAGUCAAGUCCACCGUCUGCGGGCGCUGAUUCUCCUCAGUAAAUUCCUCGAUUUGGGUCCAUGGGCGGUCAACCUAGCGCUGAGCAUCGGCAUCUUCCCGUACGUGCUUAAGCUGCUGCAGUCCGCAGCGCAGGAGCUCAAGCCCGUGAUGGUCUUCAUCUGGGCGCGGAUCCUCGCCGUCGACUCGUCCUGCCAGGCAGACCUGCUGAAGGACAAUGGCUACAGCUACUUUGUUCAGAUCCUGAGCCCGACCUCCGGUAUCCCCGUGGGCAAUGCCAGCGAGCACCGGGCCAUGUGCGCCUUCAUCCUCGCCAUGUUCUGUCGGGGCUUUCCGCAGGGCCGCGUCGUGUGUGCGCCGCCCGGCGUCAUGAAUGCGUGUCUGGCUCACCUCGGCGACGAGAAUCCCCUGCUGCGCCAGUGGGCAUGCCUCUGCAUCUCACAAUUGUGGGAUUCCUACUCCGAGGCUAAGUGGUUGGGCAUCCGCGAGGGCGCCUAUCUGAGGCUGUGCGAGCUGGUCACGGAUAAUGUUCCCGAAGUCCGUGCCGCCAUGCUCUACGCGCUCACGACGUUUCUGGGGAUUCCGGACAUGAGCGAGGAUGUGAUGAAGAUCGAGCAGACCGUCGCCAGCCACGUGUUGUUCAUGACUACUGAUGGUAGUAGUAUGGUACGGAAGGAGCUGGUCGUGUUCUUCAGCCACUUCGUCAAGCGCAACGAGGAGAAGUUCUUGGUCACUGCCUACGAGCAGUUGGUGCAGGAGCGGGAGUUCCUGUACAAUGGCGGACCUCGAGCGAACGGCGGGGAAAUGCUACGAACACCCGGCGCGAACGGCACAGCGCUGACGCGGACCACGUCCAACCCCGCGAGUCUGGGUGACGGAUCGGCGGAGUUCAAGCAGCCCGGCAGGUACAAGGACUCGGCGCCUCGACGGUCCGAUGGUACGAUCUACGCGGCGGUGUGGCAGGCGCUGCUCAUGAUCUCGGCCGAUCCGUUCCCCGAGACCGCGCAGGCGGCGAAGGUUGCGGUCGACUAUAUUCACCUGGCGCUGUUGGAGAGCCCCCUGGGACCUAGUACGCACACGCUCAUCGACGAUAUCACGAGGGCGAGUCUCAAGUCGUUCAAUCUCAAGCUGCCGUCGGAUACCGCGAUGAAUGAGAAAGCGAGGCCGGAGUCGCCUGGCACCACAUCGUCCCGCGAAGGGUAUUUUACCAGCUCACUGCGCAGGUCGGCAAGCAUCGCGGCGAGCCUGCGGAAUCUGGCACUUGGCUAUGGAAAUAAUACUGCUUCGGGCCGCGCAGACUACGCACAACCGACGAAAUCUGGAAGGUUUCCGAAUGGGCUGGCGGAUAAAGAUCCAGAGUGGAAUCGCCCGCCGGAUGUCAACGAUUACUCUAACACGACCACCAAUUACCGCUCGGCGAAGGAGCCCGUCAGCAGGAACUUCCAGCGUAGGGAUUCCUCGGAGCCUCCUGUCAUCCCCAUCCAGAGCAAGUUCAUGGACUGGUCGAUCGAGUACUUCCGAGAGCCGCAGAUGAAGCCGAAUGAAGCCGACGAGCCGGGCAGUGUCGAUUACAACCAGAGACUGUGGCGGCGAACACGGAACGACAAGAUUAUCAUCGACACGCAGGCGCAGAAGGAAAGAGCGGUCACCUCACGAUGGGACUAUCCCAAGGCGCUGUUCAAUAAUCUUGCGCAGCCCACACGGCUGCUCUUCCACCAGUUCGAGAGCUAUCUCAUCGCUGUGGACGACAAGGAUAGUGUCGCGGUGUGGGACUGGGAGGGCGAAAAGCUGCUGAGUCGCUUCUCGAACGGAAAUCCCGUCGGCACUAGGAUCACGGAGAUCAAGCUGCUGAACGAGGACGAUGUUGCACUGUUGAUGACUGGUAGCGGUGAUGGUGUUGUCCGCAUCUAUCGGAACUACGAGAGUGACAAAGAUGUUGAGCUGGUUGCCACCUGGCGCGCGCUGACGGAUCUGCUGUCGUCGCAAAGGAGCUCGGGGCUGAUCGCCGACUGGCAGCAGGGACGGGGGACGAUGCUUGUGGGCGGCGACAUGAAGGUGAUCCGCGUAUGGGAUGCGCCGCGGGAGAUGUGCAUGAGCGACAUCCCCGCGCGCUCCGGCUCCUGCAUCACCAGCCUAACGUCUGAGCAAGUAGCGGGCAACAUCUUCGUCGCCGGCUUCGGCGACGGCGCCGUGCGCCUCUACGACCGCCGCCUGCCCCCGCGCGACUCCAUGGUCAAGGUCUGGAAGGAACACAAGUCGUGGAUCGUCAAGGUGCACAUGCAGCGCGGCGGCAUGCGCGAGCUCGUCUCCGGCAGCGCUGCCGGCGAGGUAAAGCUGUGGGAUAUACGCAUGGACUCGCCGGUGAAACAGUUCCUGGCCCACACCAAGGGCAUGCGCAACCUCAGCGUGCACGAGCAUGCGCCUGUCAUCGCGACCGGCUCAACCUACCACGACGUAAAACUGUGGAACAUGAACGCGAACGACUUCGGCGAGCCACUGACGACCGUAAAGCCGCACACUAGCUUCCUGCAGCAGAAUAGGUCCAGCCCCGUCACGGGCCUCGCAUUUCAUCCGCACAGAAUGAUGCUCGCCUGCUCUGGUGCUGGCGAUAACCAUAUCAGCCUGUUUUGUUGCGAUGCUAAGGGGGGGAUUUAA